CCGCCCCCAAGAGCUGCGCUGCCCCCAGGCGGCGUCCCCCGCGAAGCAGGAAUGGCCCCCGCGUGCCCGACCUCUCGGGCCCACCAGCCCCUCCUGCUGCUCUGCCUUGGAGCCCGCAUACAGAACUGAUUCCAAGAGGAAGACCAGAGUUAGGAAAAAGACACCCUCGUGCUUCCACCUGAAGUGAAGACCAUCAGCAAUUAGAAGGCGGCCUGGGCAGAAGGUGCCAGUGAGGCGUGAGGAGGACUACCGGGAUCAGCUGAGGAGGUCACUGGAGGGCCCGCCAUGGUCCCUGCACGGCCACAGGUGCCCCUCAGCCAGGGUCGUACCCGUAGAUCACUCCAGACGUGUUUCCUUCCGUACUAUUCAUUUUCCCACUUGAGUUCUCUCACGAAACCGCCCAGCCUAUGCUCGGGAACCAAGCGAGCAGGCCUGUGUUUUCAUCCGCAUUCCACUCCCCCAGUUCUUUCUCUGGAGCUGGAUCAUCCUUCUCCCAAGCCCCGCCCCCUCCUCCUGGGUCAUGGCCUUGCUGCUAGGAGAACGGCAGUCCUGUUUGAUCAUCCCACCGCGUUGCAUUGACUGUAUAACGUUCUCCUGGUUCCUCUCAUCACUGCAUCUGCUCAUGGGCCACAAUUUGUUCAGCCGCCCUCAAUCCACAGACACCCCUUUAGUUCCCAAUUCUUUGCCACCACAAAAAGGUGGCUAUAAAUAUUUUUGUGCCAACCAGUCCUUUCCCAUUUUUAAAAACCUCUUUGGGAUACAGACCCAGCCGUGCUAUUGCUGGAUCAAAGGAGGGGCAUUCAUAGGGUAGCCUUUGGGCAUAGUUCCAAAUUGGUUGGAUCAGUUCACAGCUCCACCAACAAUGCAUCAGUGUCCCAAUUUUGCUACAUCUCCAAAAUGUAUCAUUUUUCUUUUCUGUCAUAUUAGCCCAUCUGAUAGGUGUGAGGUGGUACCUCAGAGUUGUUUUAAUUUGCAUUUCUCUGAUUAAGAACAAUGUAAAACAUUUUUUCGUAUGAUUAUUGAUAACUUUGAUUUCUUCAUCUGAAAACGGCCUAUUCAUAUUCUUUGACCAUUUAUCAUUUGGGAUAGGACUUGUAUUCUUAUAAAUUUGACUUAGUUCUUUAUGUAUUUGGGAAAAGAGACCUUUCUUAGAGAAAUUUGUUAUUAAAAAUUUUUCCCAGUUAUUUCUUUUCUGAUUUUGGUUGCCUUGGUUUUGUCUAUACAAAAACUUCUUAAAUGUAAUAUUAUCAAAAUGAUUCAUUUUACAACGUUUAGUGUUCUCUCUCUCUUAUUUGGUCACAAAUUCUUUCCUUCUCUGUAGAUAUACCAAGUAAACUAUUCUAUGUUCCCCUAAUUUGCUUAUAUCACUCUUUAUAUUUAAAUCAUAUUCCCAUUUAGAACUUAUCUUGGUAUAGGGUAUGAAAUAUUGAUCUAAACCUAAUUUUUCUCAUACUCUUUUCCUAUUUUCCCAGCAAUUUUUGUCUAGUAGUGAUUUCUUAUCCCCAAAACUGGGAUCUUUGGGUUUAUCCAACACUAGAUUGCUGAGGUCAUUUACCCCAACUCUAUUCCAUUGAUCUAUCCUUCUGUUUCUUAGCUAGUACAAUAUUGUUCUGAUGAUCACUGCUUUGUGUUACAGUUUAAGAUCUGGUACUACUAGGCCUCCUUCCUUCACAUUAUUUUCCUUUAGUUCCCUUAAUAUUCUUGACCUUUUGUUCUUCCAGAUGAAUGUUGUCAUUAUUUUUCUAGUUCCAUAAAAUAACUUUUUGUUAGUUUGAUAGUUUUGGACUGAAUAAGUAAAUUAAUUUAGGCGUGUUAGUCAUUUUUAUUAUAUUAGCUCAGCCUACCCAUGAACAACUAAUGUUUUAACAAUUGUUUAGGUAUAGUUUUAUUUGUGUGGAAAGUGUUUUGUAGUUGUGUUCAUAUAAUUCCUGAGUUUGUUUUGGCAGAUAGAAUCCUAAGUAUUUUAUAUUGUCUAGGGUGAUUUUAAAUGGAGUUUUCUCUUUCUGACUCUUUCUGCUGGGCUCUUUUGGAAAUAUAUAGAAAUGAUGAUGAUUUAUGUGGGCUUAUUUUGCUGAAACUUUGCUAAAAUUAUUAAUUAUUUCAACUAGUUUUUAGUUGAUUCUCUAGAUAUAUCAUCAUAUCAUCUGUAAGAGGGUCGUUUAGUUUCCUCAUUGCCUAUUUUAAUUCCUUCAAUUUCUUUUUCUUCUCUAAUAGCUAAAACUAUCAUUUCUACUAUAAUAGUAAAUAAAUUUGAUGGUAAUGGGUAUCCUUGCUUCACUCCUGAUCUUAUCGCAAAGGCUUCUAACCUAUCCCCAUUGCAGAUGAUACUUGCUGAUGGUUUUCAAUAAAUGCUACUUAUUUUGAAGAAAGGCCUUUUUAUUCCUAAGCUUUCUAGUGUUCUCAGUAGGAAUGGGUGUUGUAUUUUGUCAAAGGCUUUUUCUGCAUCUAUUUAGAUAACCAUGUGAUUACUGUUUCAUUGUUGAUAUGGUCAAAUUAUGCUGAUAGUUUUCCUAAUAUUAAACCAUCCUUGCAUGCCUGGUAUAAAUCCCACCUGAUCAUAGUGAACAAUCCUUGUCAUAUAGUCUCUUUGCAUCAAAGUUCAUUAAGGAACGUGAUCUGUAAAUUUCUUUCCCUAUUUUUAGUCUUUCUGGCUUAGGUUUCAUAUUUGUGUCAUAAGAAUUUGGUAGGAGUCUUUCUUUGCUUAUUUUGCCAAAUAGUUUGGGAUUCAUUGUUCUUUAAAUGUUUUAUAGAAUUCACUUGUGAAUCUGGCCCUGGGGAAUUUUUUCUUAGGGAGUUCAUUGAUGGUUUGUUCAAUUUCUUUUUUCUGAGAUGGGAUUAUUUAAGUAUUCUGUUUCCUCUUUUGUAACUUAGGCAAUUUAUAUUUUUGUAAAUUUUCAUCCAAUUCACCUAGAUUAUCAGUUUUAUUAUCAUAUAAUUGGGCAAAAUAGCUCUUGGAAAAUUUAAUUGCCUCUUCAUUAGAGUUGAAAUCACUCUUCAGUUUUGAUACUUAUAAUUUGAUUCUCUUCUUUCCUUUUUAUUUAAUCAAAUAAACCACUUUUUAGUUAUUAUCUAUUUGUUUUUUCAUAGAACCAACUCAGUUUUAUUUAUUAGUUCAACAGUUAUUUAAUUUUUAAUUUUAUUAAUUUCGCCUUUGAUUUUUUCUGGGUUAUAAAUGUAUUAUCACACAAAACAUUUCCAUAUUCAUUUUUGUAAGUGAAUAAUCUUAACCAAAAACCGUAAAUCAUAUACACAAAUAAACAAGUGAUAAAUCAUUUUUUUUAUCUGCAUUUCAACUCCAAUAGUUCUUUCUCCUUUGAUUUUUAAGAUUUCUAAUUUAGUCUUUAAUUAGGGAUUUUUUUCUCAUUUGUUUAGUUGCAUCUCCAAUUCAUUGAUCUGCUUUUUCUCUAUUUUAUUGAUAUAAGUUUUCAGGGAUAUAAAUUUUCCUAAUUACUGCUUUGGCUGUACCCCUUAAAUUUUGAUAUAUAGUCUCCACGUUGUCAUGCUCUUCAUUGAAAUCAGUAAUUAUUUCUAUGAUUUGUUCUCUGACCCACCAGUUUUGAAGAGUUAUAUUAUUUCAUUUCCAAUUAAUUGUUAAUUUGCCUUUUCAUGAAUUUUUAUUGCAUUAUGAUCUGAAAAGGUUGCAUUUAUUACUUCCACUUUUCUGCAUUUGGUUGUAAAGUUUUUAUGCUCUAGGACAUGGUCAGUUUUUGUAUAUAUACCACGUGCUGCUGAAAAGGCAUAUUCCUUUUCAUCCUUCUUCAAUUUUUUCCAGAUAUCUAUUAAAUCUAACUUUUCUAAGAUUUCAUUCACUUCCUUUACCUCUUUCUUAUUUAUUUUUUGGUUAAAUUUAUCUAGCUCUGAUAGGGGAAGGUUAAGGUUUCCCACUAGUAUAAGGUUUACUAUUUAUUUCCUUCUAAAGCUCCUUUAGUUUCUCCUUUAAAAAUUUGAAGCCCAAUAGAUUCUACUACAUUACCUUUACCUUAUGUAUCUGUCUACUUGAGAUGUGUUUCUUGUAAACAACAUAUCGUAGCAUUCUAGUUUUUAAUCCACUCUGCUAUCUGCUUCCGUUUUAUGGGUGAAUUCAUCCCAUUUACAUUCACAGUCAUGAUCACCAUCUAUAUAUUCCCAUCCAUCUUGAUUUCAUCUUUUAGUCCUGCCCUUUCUCCUUUCAUUCUUUUCCUCCACACCAGUGUUUUGCUUUUAAUCACUCCUCUACAUCCACCUCCUUAUUUUUCCCCUUUUCCCUUCCCCUCCCUUCUUAUUAUCCUCUUCUUUGCAGGGUCUUUUAGUCACUCCCCAGCCUUUCCCUCCCUUAUAUUACUCCCCUGCCCACCACCUCUUUUCUUAUUCCCCUUCUACUUCUCUGUAGGGUAAUAGAAGUUUCUGCCCCAAAGAAUCUAGCUAUUCUUCCUUCUCUGAGCAAAUUCCAAUGAGAGUAAGAUUUAAGUAUUACAUAUCACUACCCUCAUCUUUCCCUCCAGUGUAAUAAUAUUCUCCCCCCAUCUCUUUAUGUGUUAUAAUUUACUCCAUUUUACAUCUUGCUUACCUUUUAUUUUAGUGCAAUCCAGUUUUUCAUCUCUUGAUUUUUUUUUGCCUAGACACCCUCUGUCUAUGUAUACUUCUAACUAUGAUAAGAGUUACAGAUGUCAUCUUUCCAUAGAGGAAUAUCAACAGUUUGACCUUAUUGAGGCCCUCACAUUUUUCCUCUUUCCUUAGGUAUGCUUAGAAAUCUUCUAUUUUAUUAAAUUACCAUCUUUUCCUCUGAAAGAAUAUAGUCAAUUUUGAUGGGUAAGUGAUUCUAGGUUGUAAACCCAGUUUCCUUGCCUUCUGGAAUAUCAUAUUCUUUUUUUUAAUUUUUUAAUUUUUUUUUAAACCCUUACCUUCCAUCUUGGAGUCAGUACUGUGUAUUGGCUCCAAGGCAGAAGAGUGGUAAGGGCUAGGAAAUGGGGGUCAAGUGACUUGCCCAGGGUCACAUAGCUGGGAAGUGUCUGAGGCCAGAUUUGAACCUAGGACCUCCCUUCUGUAGGCCUGGCUCUCAAUCCACUGAGCUACCCAGCUGCCCCCUGGAAUAUCAUAUUCUAAGCCAUCUUGUCCUUUAUUGUGGAAUCUGCCAGAUUCCGUGUAAUCCUUACUGGGGUUCCAUGAUAUUUGGAAUAUUUCUGCAAGGGUUAAAUUAGGAGUUCUGACAAAAUAAGAGAGCAGUUUUUAAUAACAAGUUUUCAUGAGAAUAGUAGAGUUAUACAUUUAAUAUUAUCCCUGUAAGCCAGAGAAAAGAAAACUUCUAGCAGCUUUUAAUAAUUAAUAAUUUAUUUUCAUUAAAAUAGAGAUAGUAAAAGAAUAUAGUAAAAUGAAUAUAGUAAAGGAGAGAAAUAUAGGAAAGAGAUAGAGAAAGAAAAUUUCCUAAUGUCGAUACAAGUUAUUGUGAAGAUGGGAUUGACUCUUCCCUGCCCAUUUUUAGAUUUAAUCACCAAAAGUGUACAUAGCCCACUUAAUCCUUAAGUGGGGGAGGUCUGUGACCCACGUGUGCAAUAGUGGGUGGUGAAUCAGAACCCACUUACUGCGCCCUGGAGAGUCCUAAGCAAAUCUUUAGCUGUAAUUGGUACAUGUAUAAGUAGAGGAAGGCACAGGAAGUGGUGCAAAAGAAGCAUCUUUAAAAGGGAGUUACAACUUCCUGUGGAGAGUUCUUUGGAGUUUUUAGUUCAAGUUGGAGGCUGAUGCAGAAUCUGUUUGCUGGACCUGAGACCUUGGACUUGGUGAGACUGCUCUUAAAAUCUCCCCCUUUGGACUGACACGUGGUGAGUGAAAAAGCUGAUUCCUUUCCUGGAAUUUCUAAAGGACUAGCUUCAGGAGAGGCCUCCCCUCUUGAGAGAGGCUUUGUGACUGAAGCCCUUGCUUUAUUCAUCCCUGGGUCCUUGGCUCAAGGCUGAGGCCCCUCCGGCUAAGGACUAAUUAGCCUUGCCUGGUUGAACCAGGGGCCAGAGUGAAAUACUUAGUGUGUUAGGUUAGAUAUCUUACCCUAACCUCUCUCUGAUUUUCUUACUUUCACUCUUCUAUAUUUUAUAAAUAAAUUGCUAAAAAAUCAUUUGGAAUUAAUUAAAUUCCUGGUGAUCACACUCUGAUAAAUUCUAACUAAAACUAAACUAUAUGUCCAACCAUAAUUUUACCCCUUACAUUUUGGCCUUUACAUUAUCCUAUAACUACCUAUAAUUACUACCUAAAACUGCUUAUAUCUGCCUAUGCCUAUUGUUAGAGAAAGUCUAGCUGAUUACUCUUCAGCUCAGCUCACCAGGCAGAAUCAAUAUAUUUAAAGAAUUCCUUUUUACAUUUGUUUCUGUCUGCUUGCACCAUUUUCUUCUUGGCCUGGGAACUCUUGAACUUGGCUAUGAUAUUCCUGGCAGUUGUCAUUUGGGGAUUUAUUGCAGGAGGUGAUCUGUGGAUUCUUUCCAUUUCUAUUUUACCCUCUUAUUCAAGAAUAUCAGGACAAUUUUCUUGGAUAAUUUCUUGUAAUAUUGUAAAAAAUAAAUUAGUUUCUCUACUAAAAGUAUUAUAUUUUAAGAGGUUUAUUAAUGAUUAUUAGAAAUCAAGGAAUAAAGAAAAUAUAAAAUAAGAAAACCAUGUGCCUAGGGCUGAUUAGCCCAUUCACAGCUUACUUACUAUAUCUUGCAAUGGCCGAGUAGAGAAAGAGGCCAAGGUAGGCGUUACUGCCAGUUUAAAUACUAAUUGUGAUCUUGCCCAGGUGGUGACUAAGGUGAGAAUAUCAACUUUGAAAUUACAAUAAUUUGAGGAUAAGAGGAAAAGAGAAUAAAACCAAUAAUUGCUACACGCGUUGACAAAAAGGCAGUUGGGGGCAGUCCCCUUUAGCAUGAAAGUAUACAUACAAAUAAAUGUUCAAUCAACCACACCCAAAGUUCAUUCUUGAUCUUUCUCAUGCAGCUUGUGGUCUGUGGAGGCAUCUUCAUGGUGUCUUCUCCAAACAGUUCAGUUUCUGGAUUUGGAGAGGUGGCAUGUUUCUUAACCUAAAAUUUCUCUCUCAAGGAAUUUAAAUGUUGCAAUUUAAAAUAAUAAUAAUUAUACAUUCUCCCCCCCCCCAAAGAGGGUGAUUGAAAAACACAGGGAUCACUUAGGGAUGCAUGGCUGAGUUAUGAGGUAUAUGAAUCAAUUGGUAAGAGAAAUCAAAACCAUAAAAAAAUCUAAAUAAAAAAAGAUAAUUUCUGGAUGAAAUAUAGACUAUCAAAGUCUUAUGUGUAAAAAUUCUAAGUAAAGGAAAAAUAAAUCUAUAACAGGUCCUUGAAUCAGGGACCAAUUAAAGUGAUUCAAGAAUUGAUGCAUUUACCAGUGGACUUACGUGUUGGCUAUGGGGGGUGGGGGGGAGGAAAAGAAAAUGAUCUAUGUCUUUAACGAAUAAUGCUUGGAAAUGAUCAAAUAAAAUAUAUUAAAAAAAAAAAAGAAUUGAUGCAUUUACCCAAUCAGUAGCCAGGACUACAAAAAGUUUGCCACACUAUGAAAGACAGAAGAGGGACUAGAUUAUAGGAGCCAGGUAGGAGCCAAAUUUGAGAUACUUGUCUGUAAUCAUUUUCACGAAGAGUGUGGAUACAAGGAAGGCCUAUGUCUUAACAUAUGUCAAGCAUUGCAACCUCAGGUCUCACACUAGGUUCAAGUCCUUUGUAUUGGCUUAGAAGUUCAUCAUUCCUACCUCGAUUGAUUUCUUCUUUUUUGACCUGUGUGCUCUUUUGGCACAAUUCAGGUUUAGCUUUGUGCUUCUUUGUCCUGUGCAAUGGCUCUUUUGUAUGUCUUGUCCUGGAAUCAGAUAAACUCAUUAAGCAAAGCCCCAUAACAUUAGUUCAAAAUCCCCAAAAUUCUCAAUAGCCCAAUUAAUUACAAUAGCAAAAAAAAAACCCCACUAUCAUUUUUUACAUAUGUCUGCUGUCUGACAUUUAAAGAAAAUGGAUACUUGUCACAAAUUUUAUAGACAUAGCAAAUCUUUCAACCUUGGCAAACAUAUUUUUAAACAAAAUAGAACUUAUUUGGGUCUAGAACAUCAUCAAGAAAUCUAGAUAUCAUUACAAAAAUAUGGCAGAGGAGUCUAGGAAAAAUCCAAACCCCUGUACUGUUGAUGUUGGGUAAAGUGAGCUGAAGAGUAUUAAAUGAGAGAUGCUCCUCUUUUUUUGGGAGUCAUCCAGGGGUACUAUGCCCUGGGAUUAACUUUCCAGCUCCUUUGGUAUGAGACUGUGAUGUCCCAUCCAUUCAUAUUUUUGUAAAUGUGGGAGGUGGGGAUUAUAAUUAUAUUUCACUUCAGCUACUAAAAUGGACCUUAUCAGAGUUGUUGAAAAAAAAAUAAAAAUCAUAUCUAAAAGACCCCUUAAAAUCAGUUUGAGAUAUUUAGCUCAUUAAAUUCUCCAAAGGUUGUUAUACAAUUUUAACCAGUUUUGAUAAUGCCCAUCUAUCUGUUAGGUGACAGUUUACAAAUUCAAAAAUAGAAAAGGCUGUUUUUAUAUAUGGGCUUAUUCAAUAAUAUUUGUUCAGUGUAGUUAUAGGGGGAAAUCAACAAAAUAUAACAGUAGUUAAAACCCAGUACAUUAAAAUGAUUCAGUGUAACAGAAUAGUAUUGAAUGCAUUGACAUACGAACUUAAAACCACAAAAUUAAAUCUUAAACAAAACAAUCAGUAAAAUGCAAUAAAAUACAGAGAUUCUUAUAAAACAUUGGAGUCUGAAAUGCCUUAAAAUAUAACCUCCAGUCUCUUUAAAGUUUAUUUUUUUUAUCCAUUUAGAUGCCUAUUGUCAGAAGGCAGAAGAUUGGUAAGGGGUAGGCAAUGGGGUUCAAGUGACUUGCCCAGGGUCACACAGCCAGCAAGUGUCUGAGGCCAGAUUAGAACCCAGGACCUCCCGUCUCUAGGCCUGGCUCUCAAUCCACUGAGCUGCUCCCCCAUAGUGAGGGUGGGUUUUUGGAAUCUCAAAUUGGACUGGCCCAGACAGCAAAGGGUUGCAGGGAGAUGAAUUCUCCCCUGAAUCUCAGGUGAGAUAAGUAAUAGAAUCAGUGCAAUCAAAAGAUACCCUUUGAAAUAAGUUCCUGUUUGGAAAAGGCUCUUCCUUCUCAUUGUCCAUCCUCCUGUGGUCCCUUGUCACAUGGAAGCUAAUUGUAGCCUAAGGAAGAACAUCUCCAUUUUUACCAGCUGGUUUGUGAGUCCUGAAGAAACUGGGGCAGCUACCAGCAGUCUGGGUCCUGAGGCUGGGCUGGGGUGAUCUGGCUUGGAGGCUGGAGAUCAUCUGGGGCUGGGCCAGGGCAGGUUGGGACAUGGAGAGUGAUCUGGUUCAAGCAGGAUAAAUGGAGGCAGGAACAGGCACCAAGAGCUGGGCAGGCAGGACUGGGACCAGGUGAGUGAUCUUGGUCAAGAAGGUCAGAAGGAACUUAAGAAUCAGCUUUGCUGAAAAGCCUUGACAGGAGGAACAUGGCUUAAAAAAAAAUUAUCUAGGCAGUUGUUCCCUCUACAGCUGAUCAAAAUAAGCCAUUAAAAGCUGAACUUAGUCACAGUAGAGAAAAGAUUUAGGAACAUUAAGAAGAUUGAGGGUAUUUCAUCACAACCAACGUGGUCAGCCAAAACUGUAAAAAUUAAAUUAGUUUCUCUACUAAAAGUAUUUUAAGAGGUUUAUUACUGAUUAUUAGAAGUCAAGAAAUAAAGAAAAUAUAAAAUAAGAAAACCACUUGCCUAGGACUGAUUGACCCAUUCACAGCUUACUUACUACAUCUUGCAAUGGCCGAGUAGAGAAAGAGGCUGAGGUAGGCGUUACUGCCAGUUUAAAUACUAAUUGUGAUCUUGCCCAGGUGGGAACUCAGGAGAGAUUAUAGGGAAUUCUGGGAAGUACCAAGGACUUCUGGGGAUUGAAGUCUAGGGUUCAAAUCUCCAUUUUACAAUAUGUUGAGGCUUUUAAAAAAAAUCUUAGCUUUCAGGUAGUCCAACAAUUCUUAAAAUGUUUCUAUCUAUUUUCCAGUAAGUUUUUAAAAUGAGAUUUUUCAUUUCUUUCAUUCUUUUGAUUGUUUGAUUGUUUCUUAAUGUCUUCAUGAAGUCAUUAGCUUCUAUUUGCCCAAUUCUAAUUUUUAAAGAAUGAAUUGUUUAUACUGUCUAUGUCUUGUCUGUCAUAGUUGUUGGCAUUUGGUCUCUCCCAGGCCAGUGCGGUUCCCUUGAGGCAGAGCCCAUGACUAAAGCCUUACCACGUGGCUGGGUACACAGGGAGAACUUACUCAAUGCUCAUCGAAUGUUGGGCUUUGGCCCCUGGCCACAGGAACGGGGGGACACACUCCCAGGACCCUUGCCGAUUCCCUCUCCUCAAGGGCCGUUGGGGAUGACCCCUGGGCAAUCCCCAAUGUCGAUGUUGUUUCAGGAGUUAGUGACUUUCAAGGAUGUGGCCGUGGACUUUACCCAAGAGGAGUGGAAGUGCCUGGCCCCCUCUCAGAAGGAGCUGUACCGGGAGGUGAUGUUGGAGAACUACAGGAACUUGGUGUCCCUGGGACGUGCCGUUUCUAAGCCAGAGCUGAUCCACCAGCUGGAACGAGGGGAAACGCCGUGGAGGCCCAAGGGAGACGGCUGGAGGAACAGCCUCCGUCCUGGUUGGAAAUCUAUGCGUGAAACCAAGGUGUCGAUUCUAAAACCGGAACAGUCCUGUCAGGAAAAACUCAAAAAAGAUGGUCUUCGUGUCUCUAAGUUGGAGGAAACUUUGAAAUAUGACUCUUCAAUUGAAAACCAGCAGAGAAAUCACAGCCAGCAAGUUAAAGUUAUUCAGAAGAAACCUUCCCAUGACAAGUGUAAUAGAAGUAUCAGCCUACAACCAUUCUCUCUUCCUCAAGAGAAAGUGUCUGUUGAAAAGGAUUUCUGUAAAUGUGAUACUCACAGAGAGAACUUUAGACUGUAUACACAUCUGUUAAAGUGUAAUAAGAUGUACCCCCAAAAGAUAUUUUCUAUGUGUACCAAAUGUGGGAAAUCCUUCAGGUACAAUUUAGCCCCUAUUGAAAAUCAAAAACUAUGCACUAAAGCAAAAGAAUAUAAAUGUAACGAAUGUGAGAAGGCCUUCUGCUGGAAGUCACAGCUUAUUAAACAUCAAGCGAUUCAUACUGGAGAGAAGCCUUAUGUAUGUCAGGAAUGUGGGAAGGCCUUCCGACAGAGCUCACACCUUACUCAACAUAAGACAAUUCAUACUGGAGAGAAACCUUAUGAAUGUAAUGGAUGUGGGAAAACAUUUCGCCAGAGGAAAGGACUUACCGAACAUCAGAAGAUUCACACUGGAGAGAAACCAUAUGAGUGUAAUGAAUGUGGGAAAGCCUUUCGUCAGAGGAAGGGACUUACUGAACAUCAGAAGAUUCACACUGGAGAGAAACCGUAUGUAUGUAACGACUGUGGGAAAGCCUUUAGUCAGAGGACAGAUUUUAUUCGACAUCAAAGAAUUCAUACUGGAGAGAAGCCUUACAAGUGCAGUGAAUGUGGGAAAGCCUUCUCCCAGAGGAAAGGACUUACUGAACAUAAUAAAAUUCACACUGGAGAGAAACCUUAUGACUGUAAUGAAUGUGGGAAAGCCUUUAGUCAGAGGACAGAUCUUGUUCGACAUCAAAGAAUUCACACCGGAGAGAAGCCUUACAAGUGCAGUGAAUGUGGGAAAGCCUUUUCCCAGAGGACGGGACUUACCGACCAUCAGAACAUUCACACUGGAGAGAAAGUUUAUAAGUGUGAUGAAUGUGGGAAGUGCUUCCGCCAGAACAGAGGACUCGUUGAACACCGAAAAAUUCAUAGUGGGAAAAAAGUUUGUGGACAUAAUUAGCAUUGCAAGUAAAAAGUUACUCAUUUCUAGAAAAUUCACACUGGAGAGAAAUCUUAUGAAUGCAGAGGCUUUAUUCAACAACAGGAAAUUCCAUACAAGAGUAAAACCAUAGAGAUGUCAUGAUAUGGGGUGACCUUCUGCUGGUGUAUACAAUCUGGUCAACCUCAGAGACGUCUAGCCAACAUCUCUCCUUCCAGUCAGUCUAGGUUCCUUAGAGUCCCCUGACAUGAUAUUCCAUCUCCCAUUCCUUGAAUAUGCAGAGCUUGUAAUGCCUGUAAUGCUUUCCUUUCUUACAUCUCUUAUAAUCCCCAGUCGUUAUUGGCCCCUGGCUGCCCUAAGAAAUUUGUAUUUUGCCCAAUUUUUAGACAACAUACACAUACUGUUUUCCUCCAGUAGCGGAAUGUGGCUACAUGGCAGGAAUUGCCCUAUUUUUGUCUAUAUCCUUGGGACCUACUAAGUGCUUGAAAGAUAUGAAGUGCUUAAUAUAUUAUUAAAUUGGAUUGACUAUCUGAGGGAAGGCUUUCCUACAGAGGAAACAGAUUGUGGAAUGUCCCAAUGUGGGGGGGGGGUGGUUAACAACCACAUAGUCUAUUUCCAUGUGCCAAAAGAAUAAUCUAACAUAGCCAACAAGUCUUGGCUUCAUCUGGUUCCUACUUAACCUCUGAGGAGGGGGAACCUAUCACCUCUUGAGACAAAUCAUUCCACUUUUGGAUGGCUUUCAUUGUAGCAAGUUCUUUCCAACAUUAGCUUAAAUUUGCCUCGUUGCUCUUUCCACCUGUGGCUCCUGGUUCUUUCUCUGAGGUCAAACAGAAACCUAAUCUUUCUUCCCUAUCACAGCCCUUCAGGUAGGCCUAUAGCCCCAGUCAUAGCCCUCUUCCUCCUAGUCUUCUUUUCUCCAAGCCAAAUAUCCCCUUCCUCCAUGUAAUCCCCAUCCCUUUACCAUCCAGGACUCUCUCCAGCUUAUCAGUGUCCUUCAUAAAACAUGGCACCCUGAACACAGUCUUGGACCACUGAAGGGAGAGUAGAGUGCAUCUGUUUUUUCUACCAUUCCAGGAAGCUUUCCAAGGUUGAAGCAGCUUUGGGGGCCAGCACAUUACACUGCCAGUUCAUAUGCAUUUUCAGUUCACCGAAAUUCUCAGUCUUUCAUAAUUGCUCUCUUGCUGUGCCUCCCAACUUGUGAAGUUCAUUUUUUAAAAAAUCUAAAUGCGAGAUUUUGCACUGAUCCCUGUUGAGUUUCCUAGUCCAGUGCUCUCAUCUGCUAGGAUCCUUGGUCCCUUGAUCUCUCAACAUCACAUUUGCAGUUCACUGCAUUCUAUUCCCAAUUUGGUAUCAUCUUUGCCUUAUUUGAGUCAUUGACAAUAUUCAAUAGCACAGAUUCUUAAGCAACUCCAUUAAAGGCCCCUACUAUUGGAUUAACAUUGAAUCACUAACCGCAACUCAAAUCCAGCCAUCCAGCCAAUUCUUAACCCAUCCAAUUGUGUUAUCUGAUAAACAUCUUCUGUAUUCUUUGUAGAAAUAUGGAAUAUUUUUAUCAAAAGCUUUGCUAAAAUCUGGGUAAACUAUAUCCAUAAAAUUCUCAUUAAUUAGUUUAUUAAUUCUGUCCCCUCUCAUUUAUGGAGAUGAAGAUAGCCUGCCAUGAUCAGUGGUUGUUUUAAACCCUCACCUUCCAUCUUGGAAUCAAUGUGUAUUGGUUCCAAGGCAGAAGAGUGCUAAGGACUAGGCAAUGGGGGUCAACACGGCUGGGAAGUGUCUGAGGCCAGAUUUGAACUUAGGACCGCCCAUCUCAAUCCACUGAGCUACCCAGCUGCCCCCUAUGAUCAGUUCUUGAUAGAACUCAUAAUCACUACUUUACGUUCCAGAUAUUUGCUAUCUCUUUAAUGAUCUAUUCUAGAAUUUCCCUAGGAAUUGAAGUCAAACUCUAGUCUAGUUUGUAGGCCCAGGUUUUGUCCUCUCUGAAUGUUUUCAUAUGCCCUCCAGUUCAGUGUCCCUUGAUCUCUUACUAUCACAUUUGCCACUUCUUUGGUACUUAAAAAUGUGGUUCAUCUGGGCCCCAAAGCUUCAAUUCAUCAGGAUCAACUGGGUAGUCUCUUCCUGAUCCUUUGUUGGGUGUUAACUCCUUGUGCAUUAUCGUCCAAUCACUUCAAGUACCAAAGGUCAUUCUUGUGGCCAAACAAGAAUUUUUAAGUUCCUCUUUAUCUCUGGUGUCAGUUAUUCUUCACCACAGUAGAUGGUGGGGAACAUAUUCCAUAGCCUUAUUCUAUUUCCUGCCAUAUUGUGAUUUGCCUAGUACCUCAGUGGAAUAAAGAAUCCCUCUUGAGUUUUUGAUUUAUGUACAUUGUGAACACAGUAAUGGCACCUAUAAACACAAGGGGAAGAAUGUGUUUCCUAGGACCAGCCCCAGUCCCUGGACAAAAAUCUGAGAAAUGUAUGUUUCCAGCUCUAGGAGUGUCCUCGUGUUCUAGAAUUCAAAUUUCUGCCUUGGUGCUAGCUUCUCAGAAGGAAGUAAUUUCCCACAAUCAUACCAUUUCUGAGACGAAAAAUUAAACAAAAUUCCAUAAUCGUUAAGUGAAUACUGCAGCUAUGGUGACUAAGGAAGCCCUACCCUGGCUGCCCAAGAGAGUAGCUCAGUGUCAUUCUGAGAGAAAAUGGAAAUGCCUGUUAUGCCAGCCCAGAAAAGGUGCAACUACUUUUCAGCAGAAUGUAAAUGUGGUUCAUUUGUGACUCUGCUUUUUCAUCUUUUUUAUUGGAAGCAUUUUCUGUGAUGUAGGAAAUAAAAGGCUAUGCCAUAGCUCCUA